AGCCACUGUACGGUUGACUCAUUGUGCGUGUGCAGAUGUGGUAAACAAGCUCAUUACAGCAUAAGCAGUAGGCAUGGAAUGUUAUCGAGAAAUCCGUGUGGUUGGUAGGGGUUCAUUCGGAGCAGUGCAUCUCUGCGAGAGGCGUUCGGAUGGCCAGCGGGUGGUCGUGAAGCGUGUAUCCAUCUCGCAGAUGACUGACAGCGAACUGGCGGAUGUUGUGACUUGGGCAUCACAGUUGGUGCUGGCACUCUACCACAUCCACUCACUCAACGUCCUGCACCGUGACAUCACAUCCAGCAAUAUACUGCUAACUGCAAAUCACAGGUGCCUCAAGAUUGGUGACUUUGGCAUUUCGAAGAUUCUUGCCAGCAUCACCCUCAGCACUGCGGAAGCAGGACCCUAUCCACCACUGUGGAGUUUGACUUGCAACGGGAGCUUUCCAAACGAGUCCUGUGAACAACCUACUGGUGUAAGCUGGACUUCCUCCAUUGUGGAUCAGCAAGUCUCGAGCACAGACACUAGUGGGUACACCAUGCUAUCUAUCUCCAGAGCUGUGUGACGGGCGUGACUAUGGGCGUGAGAGUGAUAUCUGGGCUACUGGAGUAGUCAUCUAUGAGAUGCU